AUGGCGCUUACCAAGUUCUUGAUUGGCACCGUUGGCCUCAUUUUGCUUAGGAUUUGUGACGCAUAUAAUCCAACAACUCGUUCUAUUUCCCAUUCAACGAUACUUCCUGGGACUCAUGACCUUCUCCCCGAAUAUGAUUAUGUGGUUAUUGGAGGCGGGACAUCCGGGCUGACCGUCGCAGACAGGUUAACGGAGAAUGGCAAAUAUUCUGUGUUGGUCCUCGAGCGAGGCGUGUUCCAAAACACCACUUCGGUGACCUUGGUCGCGGGAGGGUUUUGGGGCCUCAUUGACCCAACCCUCACCUUCAACAUCUCUUCUGCGCCCCAGGAAGGUUUGAACAAUCGCCGUAUAUCUGUCAUUGGGGGGAUCCUUCUCGGCGGUAGCUCUGGUGUCAACGGAAUGCAAGUUGUCAGAGGGCAAAAGGAAGACUAUGAUAGAUGGGGUGCCUAUUUUGGCAACAAGUCAGACUGGAGCUGGGACGGCUUGUUACCAUAUUUCCGAAAGGCCUGGAAUUUCCAUCCUCCACGUCCUGAGCUCGUGGAUCAGUUUGGUAUCAAGUACGACUCACAAUACUGGGGCAACACAUCCCACAUACAUGCAUCUUUUCCGACCUUUUCAUGGCCUGUUCUUGAGAUUGAAAUGGCUGCGUUCGGAGACAUUCCUGGCGUCAAAUACCCGUCGGAUUCGGGCGCCGGGGAAACCGGUGCAUACUGGCAUCCCGCUUCUGUUGACCCCGCCACCGUUCUCCGAUCUUUUGCUAGGCCCGGUCAUUGGGAUGAGGUGGAACACAAGCGUUCCAACUACCACACACUAACCGGGCAGAAAGUCUUAAAUAUCAAGUUCCAGGGGAGGCGUGCGAGGGAUGUGGUCUUUGUGCCUGCGAGUGCCACAGACAGGAGCCGCGCCUAUUCUGUGAGGGCUAAAAAGGAGGUUAUUUUGGCCGCCGGUUCCAUUCACACGCCUCAAAUCCUCCAGGCCAGCGGGAUCGGCCCUGAGAAGUUGCUAAGGGACGCAGGGAUUGCGCCUGUAGUUGAUGCUCCUGGUGUCGGGAGUAACUUCCAGGAUCAACCGUUCACGGUCGCCCCAUCUUUUAAUUUCAGUUCAUUUCCCUACCACCCGGACUUUUACGAUUUGCUCCUGAACCAAACCUUUAUUGCUGAGGCACAAGCCCAAUUCGACAUCGACCGCACUGGGCCCAUGUCCAUUGCGUCUGGCAACUGUGGUAGCUGGAUCCCGCUACAGGUUGUUACUCCUAGGCUAUGGAGCGCCAUAGCUAAGCGUUACGAAGAACAAGACCCCGCGGCCUAUCUCCCAAAAGGCACCCACAAGACGGUUGUUGCCGGUUACAAGGCUCAGCAGAAGGCUUUGGUUAAGUCAAUGAGGAGCAAAGAUUCGGCCGCUCUGAACUUCUUUCUUCGUGGUGGGUAUGAGGAAGGUUCAAUCGUUUACCUCCAUCCGACGAGCCGCGGGACUGUCCACGUCAAUCGUACCGACCCUUUUUUCUCGCCACCUGUGGUGGAUUAUCGGGCGCUCAGUAACCCGACGGAUCUUGAAGUUCUCCUUGAAUUCACGCCAUUUACAAGAAAGUACUUUUUGGAGACUAGGUUGAAGUCUCUAGACCCCAUCGAGUUGGCUCCAGGCGCCGAUGUGACCGCACCUGAGGACAUUGAAGCUUGGUUGCGGAGCGUCAUGGUCCCCUCUUCCUUCCACCCUAUCGGAACAGCCGCCAUGCUCCCCCAAAGUCUUGGAGGUGUCGUGGAUCAAAACUUGCUGGUAUAUGGAGUGGAGGGACUCAGUGUCGUUGAUGCCAGCAUCAUGCCCGACCUUCCGGGGUCUUACACCCAGCAAACGGUCUAUGCCGUCGCGGAGAAGGCAGCGGAUCUUAUUAAGAGCCGGAGAUAA